GUUCUCACACUUUAGCAGCCAAAAUCUUCUGAUGUGUUAUGAUGCAACUGACACAAUCAUUCACAGCACUAGAUUUAAUAACGUAAUCUGAUUUUAAAAAGUUAAAUGAGCGUUUGAUGGUAGCCAACAUCCUAAUUAUGAAACCCUCAAAACCAUCGAUUGCAUUCAACUCCGCCUCCUUUUAGCACCUGCACAUGCACAAUUAGGUAACUACCGUGAGCAAAAUUGUUGUCGUGGUGGGCGAGGGUUGUUCCAGAGAACCAGUGGCUCAACAACAUAUGUUUCAAGAGAGCUGCUUGUUCUUGUGAUGUUCUCAAAAACAACUUAAUACUUCUUCACAUUUUGCUUGAACUUGGUCUUCAGGGUCUCGUUAGAGUGAGUUAUCAGAAGGAAAUUUCAUGCGUACGCAAGCAGAGCGGAGAACUCACGAGCGCGCUUUCCUGUCCAGGAGGCAAUAGGCUGUGCAAUGAAGAUUUUUUAAUGUGUUUUUUACCCUAGCUUAAAACAUUUAAACGAUGUACGAACGGCGGGAAGUGAGUCUUAAAUUGGGCUGGAUGUAGGAAGCAGAACAAAGACUGGAGGAAAAGGAAAACAACAAUCCUAUGGCUUGAAGGUUCUCUGUCUGGCUACAGCUCAUGGAUUUCCUCACAGAGUAUGCCUACAAUGACACGUACUAUGACAAUGGGACGGUCAACGGCACGGCCUGCCAGCCCAAGCAUCCAUACAACUACUAUGCCAUGCUUCUCACGCUGCUUAUCUUCGUCAUCGUCUUCGGCAACGUGCUGGUGUGUAUGGCCGUCUCCAAAGAAAAAGCCCUGCAGACCACCACCAACUACCUGAUAGUGAGUCUGGCCGUGGCCGAUCUCCUGGUGGCCACACUGGUCAUGCCCUGGGUGGUCUAUCUGGAGGUGGUGGGAGAAUGGAGGUUCAGUAAGGUCCACUGUGACAUCUUUGUCACUCUGGACGUCAUGAUGUGCACUGCCAGCAUCCUUAAUCUCUGCGCUAUUAGCAUUGACAGGUAUACCGCUGUUGCCAUGCCAAUGCUGUACAACACAAAAUACAGCUCCAGAAGACGAGUCACGCUGAUGAUCUCUGUGGUUUGGGUCCUGUCCUUUGCCAUAUCCUGCCCCCUAUUGUUUGGGUUAAAUAAUACAGCGACUCGAGAUGGCGCGGUGUGUGAGAUCGCCAACCCGGCGUUUGUGGUCUACUCCUCCAUCAUGUCCUUCUACGUCCCGUUCAUCAUCACGUUGCUGGUGUAUGUGCAGAUCUACGUAGUCCUCCGCAAGCGCCGCAAACGUGUCAACACCAAGCGCGGCUGCCAAGCAACAGACAUUGAUCCUCAUGCCACUCCCAAGGACAAGUGCACUCAUCCAGAGGAUGUGAAGCUAUGCACAGUAAUCGUCAAGACCAAUGGAACUAUCCCCAGCAAUAACAACAAAGGUCUCCUCGUCAAGGAUGUUGCUCUCCACGGCAGUGAGCUGGAGAUGGAUUUAAUGGUGAGCACCUCUCCACCGGAGAGGAAGAAAACGCUUUACCCAGAAACAGGCCAGCUGCGGCCAUCUGCCGUGAACGCGGACGGCCCCUCUCAGGUCGAGAGGCAGGUCAACGGGGAUGAGAAGAACGGCCACACCAAAGAGGGCCAGUCUCCGACAGCUGGCAAAGCUCUAGAGACCCAGGCCUUGCCCAAUGGCAAAACCCGCACCGCGGUGAGCAAGGCGCAAAGCAAGAAAAAGAUGUCGCAGCACAAAGAGAAAAAGGCCACUAAAAUGCUGGCCAUUGUCCUGGGUGUGUUCAUCAUAUGUUGGCUUCCGUUCUUCAUCACACACAUCCUGAAAACCCACUGCACCAGCUGUGUUGUCCCCAUGGAGAUGUACAAUGCUUUCACAUGGUUGGGGUACGUGAACAGCGCCAUCAACCCAAUCAUAUACACCACCUUCAACAUUGAGUUCCGAAAAGCAUUCCUAAAGAUCCUGCACUGCUGAUAGCACUGCUUAGAGCUCACUGCUCACGCAUGGUACUGGGAAUCAACAUGGAGGCAGGAAGAACAACCAACUGUCCAUUGAAAUGCUGAAAAGAGAAGGUCAAAUCACCUCAGGAUUUCAACGCUAGGCGAGUUGAAGCUAUGACUUGACAAACAGAUUCAUUACACACCGGCACUUUGCUCACACCUCAGUUGAAUGUACUAGUAGGGCUUUAUCAGUUUUCCCUUUCAACAGUAAAAACACCCUCCAUAUAGUUAAAAAAAAAACAGUUCAAGUGAUGAAUGGACUGGUGAUUGGAGCCAGUGGCCAUUUUUGGAACACUCAGUGGAAACUCCCACAUUAUGGGGAGGAUCAUAGGGAUUCAUUAGUGGGUCAGCUUCUCUUUUUUUCUGUAGCAAUAUAGAUGUUACAAUGUCCCUGUAAGGGCCAUCUUGAUGUACAUUGUGCAGAACACAGAAUAUUCAGUAUUAAGUUAUGUGUUAAAUUAUUGGUGUGUCAGGCUAUGUAAAUAUAAGACAAAGAGCUUUCUGUAUAGUGAAAUCAUGGCCAAAAGAGAUGUAUGAGACAAAUGUAUAUUUUGCAAAUUAAGGCCCAAAAUCAAAUAAUGGCUUUCUAAAUGGGGAUCGUCCUUUGGGUUUUAAAUUCAAAUGGGUACUUUGCCAUGUAUUGAGUCAUUUUUACAUGUCAGAUGUCAUGUGUUUUUUGAGAACAGCAUUUUAAUUGAACAUAGAGCAGAGUCCUCGUUACUGGGACUAGGUGACGUGGACACAGAGUAGAUCUUAUAUGAAGAUACACACACUGGACUGUGUCUGUUGUGACUCAGAACAAAAACUGGACCUCACAGAUCUUAUGUGUCUUGGUGAAGGACAGAGUGAAUGCCCAGCAUUAGUGAUGAUUUGCUAAAUGUUUGCAGUAAUAAGGUAACACUCUAAUGCUCAACCAGUUUUGUUGCAGACCAUGCCUUUAAUAUAUGUCUAUAUAUGAAGGGUUCAGAUGCAAAAGCCUCUAAAUGCCACCUACGUCAAAAAUGAGAUAAAGAUGGUGAGUGAAUGCUCUCCUCACAUAGUAUACGUUAAUCAAAUAAUUUAACUU